UGAACGUGUCAUAACUAUUCUAGGUAUUGCAAAAAUGAAACAUAACCCAUUUUGUGCGGUUUUUUAAUAUUCAACGAUGAAUCUAUUUUCACGAGUGGCAAAAGCUAGUAAUUUUGGAAAAUGCAUUAUUUGGAACACAUGGCAGCCGGAACGAAGCAUUCAAACCAGCCAAAGGUCAUUGAAGCAAGUGCUCACAAAAACAUUGCGAAUCAAACAUGAAGAUUUCUAUAAGCGAAUGGAUCAGAUUCCACUGGAGUACGAAAUGAUCUAUAAAAUGCCAUUGCAUUACACAUUGAACAUGGGCAAAUCAGCGGCAAUAAUCACCAGCGUAUUUGUACCGUGUGUUUGGCUGUACAAUAAGCUAAGUCAAGUUUCACACGAACCCUUUCAUUUCAUUGGCACUCAGGCUGCAUCUCAAGAUGAUGUGGUGUGGUUUGCCGCCGCACUCAUGGCUACAAAUAUUAUUAUAUUUCGAUGUUGUCACAUAAUUGCACUUCGAGUCUAUCGCUAUAAAAAAUCUUACGUUGCUAUAAUACCAGGUUUUGUACCUAGGUUUAAUAAUCAGCUACAUUUCCAAGAAGGCCAAUUGAAAGAGCAUUUCAAAGCAUUAUCAUUUUUCAGAGGACUUACAUACAAAAUCAAUGGUCGAACGAUGCUGCUUAUACCCGACAGAUUUCGCAAGAGCUCCGAUCUUUUCGAUAUGCUGAACAAAUCUGAUUCCAGAAAAUAUAAAUGAUAAUAAUUGACAUGUUAAUCGUUGUAAAAUAGUCUGAAUAAUAAAAAAAAAAAUCGUUUCGAACGAAGGUAAUGAGCAAAAAACAUUCGAUUUCAUCAUAAUUUUGGCGGCAUUCAGUUUGAAUGAAUAUUUUGACAUUUCUCAAAUUGCGAUAGAGCGCAGAACAACAUAUAAGAAACUGUCAAAAUCCAUACUGGUGACAAUAGUACGUGAUGUGCGUAUAGUGAAAUUUUCGCGAUAACAAUGAAUGUCGUCUCACUUAGCAACAUUAAUAAAUAUGCCGUUAUAAAAUUUUACGCAAAAUCACCACAUCACUUCUUCAUCCACAGAAGAUGGUUUGCCGGUAACAGUGGAUCUUUGAGCUUGAUGGACCGGCAGAGAAAGAAGGAUGGCAUAGACAAUAAAUUUCAAUUGAUAUACAAACCUCCAAAUAACAGUUUGCUCAUGACAGCCACAUCUUUCGGUGCUUUCGGUGCAUUCACAUGUCCGGCAUUUCUUCUGCAAUAUACUUUCGAUCGUUUUUACGGUGACAAUACGGAACUAAUUGAACAGGUUUCCUCAUUUCAACUUGGCGUUAUGGGGACGGCCGCUAUUGCUAGCAUAAUCAUAUUAUAUUUUUGUCGAUCUAUUCCAUUACGUAUUUAUAACAACGGGAAAGAGUACACUGCAAUAUUUCCAAGUUCGUUACCUUUGCUCACUCGGAAGUUUUGUUUCGUGAAAGGUGAUAUCAAAGACAAGAAGUCGUCAGGAUGGGGCAGAAAUCUAUUGGGAAAAUUGAUAAAGCCAGGUUUCGAGACCGCUUCAUUUUACAGAGUGAAAGACACACAUAUAUUUUUGACGAUAAAAUGUUUCGAGAAACCGGUUCAGUUCUAUGAAAUGUUUCCAAACACAGCAAAAUAUGCUAGGAAAAUCAAACAGUUAGAUCCACCGAAGCGUUGAAUAUUUAUCAAUUUUUUUCAGAGGGGAAAACAUACUGUUAAUGCUUUAUUGACAAAUAUGCUCAAUUACCAACGCUAUAUUGUACAGUCAAAUAGUGAAACUGUAGUAAAUUUCUUUAAAGUCAAAAGUAAUUUUGUUUGUUUUUUUUUUUUUUCAAAUAUUUCUUUAUUUUCGAUUUUUUUCGUAGUUUACAAAAUGUUUUUAAAUAUGAACUCUGGAAAACUGCGUUUUUAUCAUGAGGAAAUCAAAAGAGAGGACUUCAAAUCGCAAAACGAAACAAAACGAAAACACCUCUUUUGCUAUUUCUAUAAAAUGCUAAAAACAAUCAAAAUAAUUUGUUUUUCCAUAUUAAACGACAGUUUGUUCCGAGCUAUACAGCUUAAAAAUGUACUACGAUUGAUUUCCUUAUUUCAUCUGAUAAAAUUUUCUUCUUCUUUUCUUCUUGUUAUCUAUUCACAGCAAUUCGGCUUUAUAUAAAAAAAUAUAAUUAUUCGAAAUACUGUCAUUUAUUACAUUACUUACACUUAAAUUAAUUGAUAAAUGUUCAUUUAAUUGGUCCUACAAUCGCUUUGAUAAUUGCUUUAAUUUAUUGUUGUUUUUUUCAUCUUGACAGUUCGUUCAUUUAUUUAAUUACUUCAAUGUUAGAUUUGAAGAAAAAUAGUGAAAAAAAAAAACUGGGGAUGCGAUCAAAUGGAGAAAAGGGAGAUUAAUGCAAUGUUUCCGUAAACGUUUUCCUUAAUUUGUAUGCCUGUCCUUGUAUCCAGCCAUAACUAUUUUCUUUAAUUGUACAAUACCCGAAUCUCGUUCCAAACUCUAACUAAAUUGAUAACACAUUCAAAAAUUCGGAACAAUCGGCUAGUAUUUGAGGUAAAAUUUUAAAUCGAUGUAAUUUUGUUAUACGGCAUUCGAAUUAAGAAAAUAAAAUCUGAUUGCUGAUGGUUAUUGUG